AUGCCCAUUCAGUGGACUGCGUCGAAUGAGCGUUUGCUCUUUUUGCGGAUUCUUGAACUGUCCAAUACUACCAUUGACUACGAAAAAGUCUCCGAAACUUGGCCAAAUCCGAAUGAACGUCCAACGCCUCGAGCAGUGUCUGAGCACAUUUUCAAAUUAAAGAAGCUAGCAAGGGCAGAAUCUGGAGGAACCAAUAGCAAUACCACCGCAGCUUCAACUCCGAAGACUCCCCGUACCAAAACAGCCACUCCCCGUGCGAGUGGAGGCACACGCGGCAGCGCUGGUGAUUCAACCGCCAAGGCAAAACGCAAGCGUAACGUUGCUGAGCAAUUUGGCCCCGAAAACCAGUUCCAGCCCGUCAAUCAGUCUCACUUCAAGAAGGAAGAAGACAUCGACGAUCUUGGUCCCUUGCCUGACGAUACACCCAGCAAGCGUGCUCGGAAGCCUACACAACAUUUAAACAUGGCAGCCUAUGUAGACAGUGGUACUAAAGUCGAGGACGACGGCAAGGGGUCCGACCGGUUUAGCUCCGUUGACCCUGAGUACGCUCCUGCAGUUGAGGAGGAUAUGUUCGAAAUGCCUGACGUCUUUGAGUAA